UGCGUCAAAUGGUUUGUCCCCUUUUAACCCUCUGCGUCCAAUGGUUUGUUCCAAGGGGUCAGAGUUGACGAUUGUCGUGCGCUGUAACGCAAAAGUUCUUUACUUUGCGAAUGAAAAUAUCGUCUGUGUAGGAGGCAUGUCUGCUCUGUCAAGACUUCCUGGCACGGUGAUACGUCACGUCAUGCGGCGUUCCUGUCGAGUGAGACAGGUUUACAGACUCCCGAUGGUUGGAAACAUGGUAGUGAAAGACUGUCAAUUUUUACAACAACAUGCAACCAUUAGAACCACAAGUGAUGUCAGGAUGUGCAGUAAUCAACAAAGUAACAGCGAGAUAGCUCUGAAUGAGUACCAUCGCAUUGCUGAUGACACCCUGGAUGGUCUGGCGGAGUAUCUGGAGGACCUGGGAGAUCAGGACUGCUGCCCACCUGAGUACGAUGUACAGUUCUCUUCAGAUGUGCUGACUCUCAGACUGGGUGGAAAUUUAGGAACAUACGUCAUCAACAAGCAAACACCCAACAAACAGAUCUGGCUGUCCUCUCCUACCAGUGGCCCCAAACGUUACGACUACUUUGAUGAGAGAUGCGGCUGGGUGUACCGACAUGACAACAACUCCCUGCACAGUCUGCUACAGGAAGAACUCUCUGCUGCACUGAACAUAGACAUUCAGCUAAAACACCUACCUUACAGCGGAUCCAAUGUAAAAGGAAGCUGACUGUGUGGUUGGAUGCACAUGGCUAGUUGUCAUUUCUUUUUAUAAGUUAUAUUUAUUUGUAAGACACCAUCAGAGUGUUAUAUGAAAUCAAAUCUUUAUCUAAAAUCAACUUUGCAGACGUGCAGAAUUUCUUCAGACAGAACUGAAUUGCGUUGGAAUUUUACAGAUAUGUAGACUAAAAGCAUAUCAACAUUUACAUAAUUAAAAAAAAUAUAUGGCUGUUAACUGCAACAUGCAUCCCGUUACCAAGGCUGACAUUAAAAGUUGAAAAUCAAAGGAGUCAAACAGUUGUGAUGUUAAUUAAGGGUCUCAUGUGUUGGCAUUGCCUCUGACCUGUGUGUAUAGGAAGGAUACAGUUGCAAGGACAUCAAAAAGUAGACAUCUGCACAUGUAGAACAUCAA